AUGGAAAAAUGUGCUAAGAUUUGUCAGGAACAAAAUGAUAUCGGGAAUUUGGUGGACGACGAAAGCGAUCUGUUAAUGGAUUUAUUAAAAAAAUUUGAUUUGGUCAUCGUAAUGAAAUUUCUUAAAGAAGCGUAUAUUACAUACAGAUCUCUUCAAUAUAUAAAAAAUGAAGACUUAAAGGAAAUUAUUCCCUUGGUGGGCCUUCGUUUGGAAUUUCGUGAAAAGUUAUUUACAUGGAGAAAGAAAGAGUUUGGAAUUGAUGAUGAGACCUUGUCAAUACCUUCAAAAGUACAGGAUUGGUUGUAUGACUCGCAACAGCAAUCACCUUCGAGUUUAAGUUCUCCACUAGACAAAAAUUUAAAAGACUUAUUGAUGGAAACGGCGAAAGGCAAAGCAAUAUUAGACUUUUAUCAAAAGGGCCAUACUCUUACUGACUUAAAUAGGAAUGAGUUAAUCAAUAUAAUAAUUGAAGACUCCUUAUUUGGCAACAGAUCAUUGUCUCCAAGAGAUUUUUCUAAUCUAGUCGAAGAAAUUUGUCAAGUUUUUCCUAAUGAAAAAAAUGUCCAGAAAUACUAUUUUAUACCACGGCGCGGUAAAAAAAAUCCUUCCGGGAAACUGUACUCAAAAUACGUCAACAUGAAAUCAAAAAGGAAAAAAAAUGAUAAAUUAUAUUUCUGAGGACAAAAAUCAUUCUACGCUUCAAAGUGUAAUCGAAUUCGAUGAGUCUACUGUCUUAAAAAUGAAAACGAUGAUUGGAAUGAAACCGUUGAUAGCUGGCAAAAGUCUUUUAGUUUGCGGCAAAGAGAGAUAAAGAGUUUAAGUACAUCUGAAGUUUUAAAAGCUUGGCCUAAAUAUAAAGAUCCAAGAUUUCCGAAUUUGGUAUGCAUAAUUAAAUAUACAUAUGUAUUUUAAAAUACUUAAAUAUUUUUUGGAGAAAGAAGUGAACGUUUAAAUAUUAAAGAUAUAAAAACAUUUUCUAGUCCUCCAUUGAACAUAUAUUCAAUUAAUAAUGGAAAAACUUAUGUAAGACCAAAAUGGAUUUAAUUAUAAAAUGUUAAGUUAAUUUUAUUUAAUACAUGAAUUCUAAGAAUUUUAAAACUUUUUAUUUAUUAAAAGUAACUAUAAUUAAACAAUAUUUUGUAUUAUUAUAUUUUUUAUU